ACAUUUUGAUUGUGCACAUCAUUCUUGAGAUUUACAUCCACCGUGAAACCUGCAUCCUGCUCCUCCUCACAGCUCAAAGUUCCUAUUUUGGUUGCAAAGAAGAAGCUGGGCGGGGUAUCUCUUUGUAGGUGGAGCUCACAGUCCGGAAAUGUGUCAGAAAUCUGUGAGCUGCUGUUCCCCUCGGUGUUCGCGUGAGUUUAGUGAGGCUGCACUCUUCUGAGAGAUCCCGCCACAUGACUUUAUCAUCAUGAACUCAGCCACAAAAAAGCAGAAAGGAUCUGAGCUGCGGCUGCCUAGACGUCUGCGAGGCGCUUAGACGUGCAUGUUAGAAACAAGCUGAUGAUGCAGGGGGCCAUUGCACGAGUGUGUGUGGUUGUGGCCGCUGCCAUAUUAAACCACCCCUUGCUCUUUCCUCAAGAGAACACCACGCUUCCCGAACAGGACGAGGAGCUGAUGGCUCGCAUGCGGGCGCACGAGGAGCGGCUGGAAAUGGAGCAGGCCAAGCUGGAGAAAGAGCUCUCGCAGCUGGACUCGAAGCAGGAAGAAACCAGCCCGGAAGAAGGUUAUAGUUGGUACAUUUGGAGCACCGUGUCUUUCGUCAUAUUCUUCACUAUCGAGAUGUACAGGGGGGAUCUUGCUGACACAGAAAUCCGGCCAGUUGAGGAUGAAGACAUAUUUUCAGAGAGUGGCUCUGUCACCCCCAGGACAAUGGUACUAGAUAAGGAUGUCCUGAGCAACUUCUGCGACAAAUGCUCUUACACUUCAGCCCGUGAAAACUGGAGGGUGAGGGAGUUUGUUGAGGGUUUUGCUGACGACUUGCUGGAAUCACUCAGGAGCGUAUGUGACAGGGAGGUGGACAUGGAAGUUGGGGACUUUGUCGGAAUUGGAAGCAUGUUUGAGUCUUGGAAGGUGUGUAAGCCACUGAUGUGCGACCUUAUAGUGCCUUUCUCGCCUCCAGAUCCGUACUGCUUCCAGUUCCAUCUGUGGUGCAGUCCCUCCAGUGACAUGCCUCCACACAUGCAGGGCUGUGGCAAGAUAAAGGUGACCCGGUUCGGGGAGAACAAUGAGGGCUGUCUCUGUGGCUCUGCUAACCUGGGAGAGGACAUGCUCUGUCUGUUGCACAGCAAGAGUGACACACUCAAAGCGGACCACAGUCUUGAUGAACUUCUGUGCUCCAGGAACACACCUUUCUUAGCCAAAGAUCAAGUCAUGAAGUGGUUUCAGAUCUCUGUUACCAAAGCGUGGGGACGCAUCUCUCAAAAGUACGACUUUGAGGUUAAUUUUCGCAACCUGGAUGCCGCCGGGGCUCUGAAGAUCCGAUUCCGUUCUGGGAAAGUCAUUGUAAUGAACAUCGUACCGGUUGUUCAGCUGAAGGAUACAGAUGCUUAUUUUGUCUCACACUUUCCAUCAGACUGUGACAGCCCUCCAGACCCGUACUGGCCCCUCUCUUUUGCUGUCUACGAGAGGAAUUUGCUGAAACAUUUUGCUAAACGCCUACCACAAAAUUCCUGUCAUUUACACUGCCUUCAGAUUGUUACUUUCCUACACAGAAAGCAAACAGGACUCACGGGGAAAACCGCCCUUACCAACUACCACUUAAAGACUGCUCUGUUGCACUUGUUGCUGAGUAAAAGGCCCUCUGCGUGGAGCAUUGAGAGUAUAGAGCACAGGCUUCAGGACAUGCUCAGCUUCUUGCAGGGAAGCCUACGGGAGAUGAGACUUCAUCAUGUUCUGAUUGGGAACAGUAAAGUGCCAAAAGAAGUCCAGGUUCCUGGGAUCAUCCGCAAAGCAGAGCCCAUCAAUCUGUUCCGGCCUCUGGUGUUGCAGAGGGAGCUUUAUGAAGCAACAGUCAGGCAUUUCCAUGAGAUGUUGAGAAAUGCACCUGUGCUCAUAAAGGAGUACACACCUCACUUAGCAAACACAGGUUUACACCUAAAUGGAAGUGUGUGAGCUUUAGCCGUGUUCGAGGUCUGAAUUAUAUUAAGUCAGUCUUCAUUGUUACUUAAAAUAAUAAACAGAUUCUUAAGUACUGAAAUGAAAAGGUGCAUAUACAGCUGUUAUUUUAAUAAUAGACAUAAUGUGGUUUCUACUAUAGCUGGUUUCUUUUCACUUGAUGAGGUAACCGCUGUGUUAAUAUACAUUAGCAGCACUUCAACAGUGGGUUCUGUCAUUUGUAAAAUCAAGUGGCAAAACCGUGUAGCCUACAGGAUUUUAGAAAUAUAUUGUUUUCCCUUGAAGUUAUUUUUGACUCAGUCUGUAGGACUGUUUCUGAAGUCAUAUUGGUUGUUUUACAGGCGUAACCUGGAGGAUUUUCAGCAUAUGUGCUACAAAGGAUGAUCAUUUUAGGAAUGCAUUUCAGCAUUCACUAGGAGGGAAAAAAAGACGAAGCACUUUUGUCAGUUGGGGAAACAUUUUAACAGAAAUACCUCUCAUGUAAUGCCGAUCUAAAUGGACAUCAUUUACCAAAUAGUAUAACAGCGUAUUUGUUUUCAUUCAUACUGUUGGGAAUCUGAUGGCAGCUACCACAUUUUGCAAUGUUUAAUGUUAUGAACUUUUUGUUUUUUAUUGCUUAUUGUUACAUUUCCACUGUGCUGAUGUCAAAUCUUUGGUAGAGCUCCAUUUUAUAUGGGACAAAAACAAAGUAGUUUGAAACAGACACAAAAUUCAGAGUCAUUCAUUAGAGCGAUCAUUUUUAUUAGAAAAAGUGCAGCACUUUGAAAUGGAUCACAGAAAACACCUCGAGUCAUAUUUACGUCAUUUAUCCAUUAUCAUGAUUUCAUAUUUCCCCCAAAAUAAGUAUAGAAAAAUCACAACAUAGGUUAUUAACCACCAUUAAAACACAUAUACCCUCUUUACCUUAACCUGUAAAUGGUAUUUGCAACAGAAUUGUUUCCUGCUACAUUAAAGUUAGAAACAGACUAACCAAGACCAAAACCAAACAAGUUUGACAGUUUAAGAGUUUUGAUCUCUUAUUUUCUACAGGCCGUAGUCAUAGUUGGGUUUGCCCGCAACGUAACUCUUGUAGAAGGCCUUGUAGGUGUCCACACUGUGCAUAGUGGCUUUGACAGCCGGGUCCUCCAACAUGCGCUCUGUCCACUUCUUCAGCUCAGGUGUGCCAUCAAGGCAGCUGAAAAGA